GUUUUCUAGAGAAAUUUGCCAUUACUGCAACAAUAAUGAUAGACAAAGGUGGAUAUUAAUAAGUGAAAUGCACAAAACGAUCGAACUUUUGAAAGGGUGCGAAACAACAAUUCAAAUUAUCAAAUACACAUGAAUGAUUGAUAACAAUCUGUUGAUUGAUAGUCAUGGCAACAGUCAAUGUACACAACAAUGACCUGCAGUAACUCCAGUGCGAUUCGAAAUACCGGCAGACAAACAAUUACUUUCCAUUCGCAAUGGAAGACGAGAACUCCUGGGUCUUCGAUUCUUUGGUGGCCUUCCUCAACGGUCCCAUCUGGAAUGCACCACUGGAAAGCUUCAUCGAAGAGAAAUCAUUGAUUUUUGAACCAAAUGUGCAAGACAAUGAGAACUACAGGGGAGUUUACGAGGAGUUCAAGAAUUUGGUGGACUUCAUGUUGGGUAAUUUCAUGGAGGAUAUCGGCAUCACACCGGAACAGUUUGAACACGCUUGCAGCGAGGGGAGGAAGCAUCAAGUCAGCUUCGAUAAUAACUUGUUCGAGCAAAUAUGGGCAGCCAACGACUAUGAAAUGUUCAAAAGAAUGAUGGCCCAAAGGAACGUGGAACUGCAGCUUCAAGCUCUGGAGUUAAUUGAACAAAAAUACGGAAUUACACCGGAGUCUUUUAUACCCAACAAAAGGGAACGACAUACUACAAUACAGGAAAUACCGGUCAUCAUAGAAAAUUCCAAGUUAGAGAAGGCCAUCAUGGACGAAGUCGCAAAAAAAUUUCCUGAAGAGACAACUAAUGACGUAAUGGAAAUACUGGAAGAUAAAGAGGUGCUUCAGGAGUCCCUAAAACAAGUAAAAGAAAAAGUUCAAGAACGGUCAGACUCGGCAACACCCAGCACAUCACACGAAGAGAAGGCUACAGAAAAGGAACCCAUUAUAGAAAAGCCGGUGGAAGAAAAGAAGCCAUCAAAACCAGCGACCAAAGAGGCAGACGCAAAAUCCAAAGAGGUAUCAGUCACCAUUAAUUUUAGUAAGUUUUGUUGUUGUUGCUGUCGUUUCCAGAUUGACGCGAGGGAACUGAAGAAGCGCCAGGAGUACUUGCGAGCCCAACGCGACAAGCUGGUGGCGCUAAAAAAGGAGGAGAGAAAGAAGCAGUUGAACGCCGAGGCGGACACGUCGGACAAGUUCCGCAUACGGCCCAAGUCCGCAAAGGCAGCCGAGGCAGUGCUGGCUGGCGACAAGUCGCCCAUCGAGCCGCAGCAGCUGCAGAUACGGAAGUCGCUGGCCGAACGGCUGAAAUCUGAAGUGGUGUUGAAAACGCGGUCGGAUGUCAAAUAAAAUGUGGAUCUUUUCACUUAUAUUUAUUUACCUAAAUAUAACGAUUACAUUUUUAUUUUACAUUUUUUUAAAAACAUUAAUUACAUGAAACAAUGUUAGAAAAAUGGCCUUCAUUAUUCUGUUUUUAAAAAACUUGUGGCUUGUAUAAAAAAUAUCGUAAGGCUGCCAUUUUAUAUAAUAAAUAAUAAUGUUUUUUUUAUUUGGAAAUUGUGCAAAUAUGAUUAUGUAAGUACCUAUAAUUUUAUUUAGAAGGUAACUAGAACUAUUUGUUCAAUUUCCAAACGCUGUAUGAAAUAAGAUAUAUUCGCUCACAUUGUACGUCCUCUGGAUUUCUGAUCUUAUCACUAUUUUGGUAUAAUUUUAUAUAUACACUUGGAAAUAGAUGUCUUAUUUAUAUUGCUGUAAAAAAUGUAGUUGAGCGAACAUACAAGUUACUAAUAAAAUAUUAUGUACA